CCCCGGGCAGCACCGACGCUCCCGACGCUCUAAAAACUUAGAUUAAAAUUGAAGCCAUCCACCAUCUCUGGAGUUUCACUCUCACCUGUGUUGACGUGCAUUCGCGUAGGAAAACGAGGAACCUACCAAGGCACUCCCUGACUGAAGGCACUUUGGCAACUUUCGGUUGAGGGUCAGCGCCGUGUUCUCUCUGGCAACCCCCGGCAUUGUAUAAUUGCGAAGCACUUCUUCACCGCGUAUCAGUUUAACGACACUCUAUUGGAAAAGUUUGUUGAAAUCGAUAGCUUCCGCAGACCAAAGGGGAGGGAAAUACCUCCCACCGGAAUGCGGUACGCGGCUGCCGGAAGACAAAAAGAAACCUGCGGUAGGCUGUUAAUCGCGUAGAGGCUCUUCAGCUAGGAAGACACACAGGAAGGUUGGACUAAAGCAUAAUAAGGGGUUCUUGAGAAUCGAAGGACCGAUCAAAUCGUGAGGGGGAAAACCCCGCCACUGAUAGUCCGUCCGAAGUCAACCUUCGGGUUUUUUUCCGGUGCGCAGAGCCGGGAAAGUUACUACUAGGCUGUCGACAACUCACCAACGUCCGCGGCUAGCCGACUGAGUGCUGUCUACAAACAACGCCUAAUCACCCGUCUUCGGUGCCGGGUGGUUUCGCGACUGCUCGCAGUAUGCCUCUGAUCCGGCUAGCCUCUCUCAAGUGGGUGACCGAAGCUUCCGUUUUAGCGUCAUAUGAUAAACUUUGCUUGUCUUUUGAUGUUUCCCCGGCACACUGCUCGUUUAAGCUCCGCUGUCUUCUGUCGAUACUGCCACGUGGAUACAUUAGCCAUUGCACGUUUUCUUCACCCGAAAAAUUCGGCGUGUCUCCCGAAACCUAAGUUUUAACCGCUCAUUACCGCUAGAAAAUGGCAAAACUCCACUCUUUGUCGCGGGCCGCUUCGCUCUUUGUGGUCCUCGCCCUCCUGGCCCUCGCGACCACCUGCGUUUUGAGUUUGAACGUUGACGAAGCAGACGCGGCACUCGACGAAACUGGAGCUCCCAGCUUCACGCAGGAAGACGCCGAGGCUCUUGCUGACAAUCUGGACGAAGACGAAAACGACUCAGCUGUGGAGCAUGAAGAAUUCGACUCAAACGAGGAACGCGAAUCCGAUUCUGCUGUGAAUGAACCCGAGGACGCGUCUUUUAUUGAGGACGGAGACCAAGCUGCGAUGGAGGAAGAUGAUUUCGACUUCGAGGGAAUGAAUGACGAGCAAGCGCAGGAGCUCGCAAACUCCCUCACCGGCGAGGACCGGGAAGCCUUCCUUGACAUGUGGGAGGAGCACAAGGCGAACAGCGCGGGCGAAGAUGUGGAUGCGGCAGGUGCUUUCGCUGAACUCUAAAGUUGGUUUUGCCGUUGCGGUCUGUCGUGUCUUCUGAAAAUUAACUUGCGUCUGUCUGUAAAAUGGCUUCGUGGGAGAAAAAACAGGUGAAAUUAAUUUUUUUUGUUCAAAGAAUUGAGGUCCAAGCAGCACCGAAAGAGGACAUUUCAAUUCCGAAUCGCUCCGAGCGUGAGCCGCGUGUUCGCCUUCGCAAUUUUCCGUGCGUCCAGAGAUCGGAUGCUCUUCUUUGGACUCCACGGCACCAGAAACAGUUUGUGCUUAGCACGGCAGCUGAUAGGCGAGCGGGCGAAUGCUCGUCCUUGACGUCUUCGCUGCGCCCAUACUGUACUGAGAUAGCGUGCUUGUCCCUCCGACGGAGGGCACACUACGAACAUAUGUAUUUCAGGCCACUGAUCGAGUUCGCACUGGUUAAAACGUGAACUCUGCCUCACUUCUCUUCAAUGGCUCUCCAACUGCUAAAAGUACAUUCGUGCAUCAGUGUUCUCACGCGGCUUGGGUACAUGCUAGGCCUGAACAGCAGCUUAUAUCUUACACUUCCUCAGUGCCGAUGGAGGCCGUCCGACCCAACUUAACGCGACAGUAUUGUGGAACCGACCAUAAAACGUUUCUGCAGUACGCAGAAAACUGCUCAAUUGGUGUAACUCGUG